AGUUCUCCUCCUUCAUUCAAACGAAGCCCUAAACACUACCAACUCAUACUCCGCUGCACACAUUAGCCGUCGUCUACCGUCGGCGAUUCUUCUUCCUUUCUGUGAUAUCACCGGUCCGCGCUCAACCUCCAAUACAGUGACUGCUACUACCUGGUGGAUUCAAUAUGCCGAAAAAGAAAUCUGUUGAGCCAAAGCCAACAGAAGUAGAAGAGGCGACUUUUAUUGCAAAACAACCAAAGAAGGAAAAACCAAAGAAGAAAAAGAAACCUAGUAAUGAGAUUGAUGAAAUCUUUGCCGGAAAGAAGAGAAAGAAACCUGAAAAGAAUGGCAAUGGCGAUGAAAAGUCAAAAUCAUCUGAAAAGAAAACGAAAAAGAAGAAGACUAGAGAAGAUAGAGAAGGAAGAUUUACAGACCCACCUGUUAAAUCUCGAAAGAAAACGGAGGAUGGGUUUAAUAUCUAUGCAGAAGAUGAAUUGGGUAUUAACAGUUCCAACGGUGGAGGUACUCCACUCUGCCCUUUUGAUUGUGAAUGUUGCUUUUGAUUGAUUUGUGCUCUUGUUGUAUACUGCAAUUAAAUUGAAUUGAAAUUUAUAUAGCCUGUGCUAGUUUGAUACUAAAAUUUCUUUUUGUUUUACCUAUAUUAUUUAUGUUUACUGUUUUUAA